AUGGAUACUGUUCUGGUGAAGCUUGUGGAUAGAAACCAUGAUGGGGCUGAACACAAUCCCUUGCAUGUGAGUACAUCCUUUACCACCGAGGAUCUUGAGCGCUAUCUAAGAUCUGUGCUUGGUGGAGAUGGAGGCUAUCGAUUCUAUAUAGCAGGGCGGGGAUUUGAAGGAAGUCUCCUGAAGGAAAUCAGCUCAAGGGCUCUAGAGGUCGAAGAAGGACUGACUAUUGAGUACGAGCUUGAUCGGAAUUAUACACCUGAUGUUUUAAUAGAACUUGAGGAUCUGGUGUCGUGUCUAACUGUGGUGAAAAGCAGGCAGCCGGAAGUAUGGUGUGGGACCCAUGGGGGGAGGCUGAAGAUAUAUGCUUAUCAGGAUGGAGUAAUCAACCUGAUGAAAACAACAGACUACAGUAGAGUUCGGGGUGUUUCCCGUGAAGAUGGUCUAUAUAUCUACAAUUCUGCAGGAGAGGUAGUGGAGUUUGAAUCGGGAGAUGUUCUGUUCAAGGUGGAUGGAGAUAUAACCUGCAUAGCCUCUUCUUCCAAUGUGGUUUCUGUUGGAACACACGAGGGAGAGUGCUAUGUGUUCAAAGAAGGACUUAUGAAGGUACAUAAGUUUAAGGCAUACAUAUCGUCUACGGCUAUGAAUAAAGAUGAGGCGAUGUUUGUGUGUGCAGAUGGAAAUAUAGGGGUCUUUGGAAUCUCUACCAACACGUUCAAAACAAAGGACCUUGGGUAUGGCGUAACUUCUUCGGAUAUGGGAGAUGGCAAAUAUGUCUUUGGAACGUCAUGCUCCGGUCUGGUUGUGGAAAAUAAAGAAGAAUCCACGUUUGUGAGUACAGGCAUUAGAUUUAGUAACAGGAUAGCAAUGUAUAACGGUUGCAUAGUUGCUCAGGCCUCCCAAUAUACAAUAUCUGUGGUAGAUAUUGGAGACCACCGAGAACUUCGGAGAAUCACUGUGGAUGAGUGUAUCUCGGACAUUGGAUGGAUAGAGAAUCUUCUGAUUGCCGGUGUCGGGUCCAGAAUCCAUGGAUAUAUUAUACACAACUUGGAAUAG